AUGAUUUCACUCCUAGAUCUACCUGUUGAGAUCGUGCUGCUUAUAGUCGACUGCCUCUUCUCCCAAUUCGCCGCAACAGAACCAAACAACGCUGACGUUUCCAUCGCAACCCAAAAAGAUUUGAACGCGCUUUCACAAACAAACAAAUGGUUCUAUGAUAGGCUGGAACCCCGCUUAUACAAGUUCAAUGCACAGCAUUGUGGCCGAACCUCACUGGCGUUUGGCGCCUUGCGUGGUUAUGACACUGUUGUUCAGAAGUCUCUGGCAGUAGACUCGUCAAAUAUGACCAGGGAUUUGAGAUUUCCAACACACGGCUGUCAACUCUUCCAUACUCCACUUUGCUGGGCAGUUCAGGGAGGUCACAUCUCUAUGAUCAAUAUACUUCUUCAAUCUGGCGCUGAUAUUUAUGGGGAAUGCAUGCACGAUUGUUGUGAUGCACAGCUUCUUGGCCAGGCCGCAAGAAAUGGCCAUUUGGAUAUGAUGAAAGACCUUGUAGGAAGAGGUCUUCGUCCAGAACUCAUGUGGGAAAUCAAUUUCGCAGAUCUGCUGGAUGUAGAAGAUCCAUGGCGCAAAGCUACUCUCCGACUAGCUGCAGAGGGUGGCCAUAUUCUGUGUGUUGAUUAUAUUCUUGCUAUGAGAGAGUAUGAUAAUCUCACUUGCAAACAAUACAUGCACAGAAUAGGGCUGAUUGUGCCCGCAACAGUGGCAAAUGGUCAUCUAGAGUGUGCGCUGUUUUUGCUGAGUCGCAGCAGUAUUAUUGAGAGAACUGGUUUCUGUAGCUGUGGGGUCAAGCUUGCCAGGUCUCUAGUUUCCGAUCUUCCCAAACUGAGAAAGACAUUGGAAGAUCCAUAUACCAUGGAGAAGUAUGGCGCUAUGCUUCUUUAUCUAGGAGCCGCUACCGGCUGUCUGCCUUUGUGCAAAGAGAUGGUUCGACUGGGUGUUCAUAUUGAUACAAGAUUUUGCGGGAACAACACGCCGCUCUGUCUUGCCGUAAUAGAAGUCCGAGCACCCGAAGAAUUGAAGGGAUUGUUGGAGCUAGGCGCCGGGAUCAACGUGCGAAACUCACAGGAUCAGACACCGCUCUAUCUGGCAACUCUAUUUCGGUACUGGAAAAUCAUGAAGAUGCUCCUAGAUGAAGGUGCCGAUACCGAAGCAGGCGCGAGUCGAUCCAGGGUUUUUCAAACACCACUUUGCCUCGCUGUUGCCGAUUUUGGGCUUCAAUCGCCAAAUCCAGAACAUUCAACGAGGGCGGCUCGUAGUAAUGUGAUUAUAUCAUUGUUGCUAGAAAAGGGAGCCAAUCCCAAUUAUGCCGAUCCAGUGUUUGGGAUAACUCCUCUCUGGCUUGCUGUUCGGGGAAAUAGCAUGCUUCAGCCAUCUGCUAGGGAUGAUCUUGUGCGGUUGCUCCUUGAAAACGGUGCAGACCCGAAACGAGCAUCGCGAAAUCAGACAAUCCUGUUCUGGGCUAUAUCAAAUUGCCACAAGGAUACGAUCAAAAUGCUUCUUGACUGUGGUGCCAACCCUAAUGACUACCCGGGGAAUCUCAACUGCUCAAGAACCCACCGCUCGAGGAUCCCACUUUCGCCUCUGGCAAAGGCCAUGAGGCUGAAACAUUAUGAGAUGGCUGAGAUUUUGCUUGACCAUGGUGCAGACCCUUUUGUUCCGCAUUGGAAGAAGGAGACGUCACUGUUCAAUGCGACCAGGUCUAUGAAUUGUUCGUUCAUUGGAAAGAUGAUUGCCAAGGGCCUAGAUGUGAACGAUUCUAUGAUGGGCCAGACACCUCUUCAUCUGGCUGUCUGGCAAUGCAACGUUGAAGUGGCGGAGUUAUUGCUUCGUCGUGGAGCAGAUCCGAACAUCUCGGUUGGGGGGACUUCGUGCUAUUCAUCUUAUUCAAUCGUACGGUGGGCCUCCGAGUGCCUCCAUUCAAGGGAUGGGGCAGCUGCUAUGGUAGAGUUGCUAUGUGCAUAUGGUGCCAGGGAUCUAUAUGAUACUAAUGUUUAUACGGACGGACGCAUGCCAAUGUUGGUCCCUCCGGUCUCAGGGUACCUAUAA